AAGGUACACCCCAAGGGAGUGGCACCUGAGAACACCGGUUGGAUUGGCUGCGCCAAGCUCUGCUAGCUAAUGCAUUUUGUGUUCUCAGGUCACCCCUUUGGGGCACCAUGUUUACGUGUUUAGUGUCUUCUCUCCUAAGUCCGUCAUAUUAUGCUAUAUCAGGCAGAGAAACGAACUGUAGCAAAUCCGGAUUCCGACUUGAAAAACCCUAUACCCUACUAACUGCUAAGUGUGGAGGCCGCUCACCAUGGAUAUGGAAAUUGAUCCUACAGAACCAGAAGCCCAGAUCAAGGACGAAGAUCUGUUCAGAGCCGCCGAUUCAGGCGAUUCUUCGGUUUUCAGAGCUCUCUCUCCUCAGCAGCUUCUGAGAGCUCUCUCGCUUAGGAACGAAGAUGGCCGAUCCCUCCUUCACGUCGCCACCUCUUUGGGUCACUUGGAGGUGGUGAAGAUGUUAUCGGAAGCUGAUCCAUCAGUAAGUGGAAUAAACAGCGUUGAUGAAGAAGGUUGGGCGCCACUCCACUCUGCUGCAAGCAGUGGGCAUACAGAAAUUGUGGAGAUUUUGAUUAGCAGAGGGGCUGAUGUUAAUUUGAAAAAUGAUGGAGGUCGCACUGCUCUUCACUAUGCUGCCAGCAAAGGAUGGUUGAAAAUUGCUGAAUUUCUGAUUUUACACAAUGCAAAGCUUAAUGCCAAGGAUAAGAUCGGUUGCACCCCAUUGCAUCGAGCAGCAAGCACAGGGAACUCAGCAAUGUGUGAAUUCUUAAUUGAGGAAGGAGCAGAAGUUGAUGCUAUUGAUAAAGCUGGUCAAACUCCUCUUAUGAAUGCAGUAAUAUGCCAAAACAAAGAGGUGGCUCUCCUUCUGAUAAGACAUGGUGCAGAUGUGGAUGUAGAAGACAAGGAAGGAUACACUGUACUUGGACGAGCUUCAGAUGAUUUUAGACCAAUACUGGUAGAUGCUGCCAAGGCCAUGCUUGAAGGAUGAGCAAUACUUUGAAGUAGUAACAUAUGGAUUUGUGGAGGAGAACUAACCUGCUAGGGUGUGCUUUGUUCAUGAACUACAGAGGGAACUCAGAGGUAAGUGAUCGAGCUGCAUGUCAUAAACCAACUUAUUAUAAAGCCAAAUGGGGAAAAAUAUGUAGACAUGCAACUCUUAUUAUUUAAAUUUUUUGACAAUGCAAAGUAAACACGAGUUCCUCCAAUUUAAUUAUCUGUUUCAGAUUUUAAAUUUCUAUACCCUUGAACAUUGCUCUACAGUUUUGAGUUCAUUCCAUCAAGAGAGUUGAAAGGUGUUUGAGACAUUUAGAUUCAACUAACCAAAAAAUACCAGAAGAACAAGAACCUCAAUUUUGGCUACUUAUAUCUAGUCACUGGUAAUCAGGAAGUCUCAGCUUAGUUUUAUGCCUUCAUGGAUAGCAGCAGCUUCUUUGGGUAUAGGUUUUUUGUGCCUAUAUGUUGGAUGCAGGCAGCAGUGCUCCUCCUUGAAGACAUUUCCUUCCUGCACUUCCACAACCUUUAUUCUAUUCCUCUUUUGUGACCACUUAACAUCUAUUCAGUAGCUCCAUACUUGGCAUAAAUUUCAUAAAAGAGUUGAAAUUUUUA